CAGUAUGACAUGCAGAUGAGUGCCGUCGAUCUUAGAAUCACCGCACACUUCACUCAUUUGGGCAGUCACGGGGCCAAAACCAGAGUGUGGAGCCACAGUGUGGCGGUGGAGGCAGCAGCAAUGGGAGGCCAUACAGCACCCUAUGACAAAAAUGGAACCCACCAGCAGUGUGAGGAGACCUGAAAGUGGCACAUGGCAGAGUGUGGCGAUGGAGACAGCAGCAAUGGGAGGCCGUACAGGGACCCAUGAGACACUUGGACCUGGCAGCAGCAUGAAGAGGCGGUACAGGGGCCCAUGGCAGAUUACGAGCCUGGCAGCAGCUAUGGGAGGCCCGUAAUCUGCCAGCACCCUAUGACAAAAAAUGGAACACACCAGCAGUGUGAGGAGACCUGAAAGUGGCACAU